UUGAGGACUCAGAAUCCCUAACAGUCAGCUGUGGUUGGGGAAAGAGACUCACAGGACCUCACUACCUAUUGUCAAACUAUUGGCAACUGACAGAUUCUGGAAGAGGGUAUGAACUCCCAAGCCUAAGAGAUGUUUUACCACAAUGGCCGAACGAGGACAGACAGGUACAAACUGGGACUCUGGCUUCAGGCCGAAAUCUUGCCAGGAAAGCUUGGGACUUAGCUCAGAGACUGUUGCGGCAACGUGCCACAGUUGGUGACUUAAAUGAUACUUUGACUAUGAAUAAUAGUUUCAAUAAGAAAGACAGGAUGUGUUCUGACAGGAAGGCUGGGAACUGUGACAGGCAGAAGAAAAAUGAAGCCAAACAACCUGGAGAUGUGUCAUCACUGCUAGGGUUUGCCUUGAUCUACAUCCAGUCAUCUACGCCUUUUCAUACUGGGCCCUCAUUCAAGAAACAGCAUAUCUGCCCUGACUUUGAAGUAAUGGAUGAGCUUUCAAGGGCAAUGCAUGGGAAUGAGUCUUGCUACUUUCUUCUUACAACAUGCAUUCAUCAGACUAAUACAGCAGUUAUUGGAUCAGAACUUGUAGAAAUGGGAGGAAGAACAACAGAAAAUGUGUUGAGUUCAUUCAGCGAGAAGAUUGGUGGCCAGUUCAAGGAGUACAGUCCCUCACAGAGCAGAAGGGACAACGGUGGGAGCCUGAGAGCAAAUGAGAAUGAGGAAGUGGAGACUGUCUCCACUCUAGAGGUGGUGGGACCUGGGAGAAUGGAGCUGAUAAAUGAGGAGGACUAA